GGUUUAUCGGAGUUAGUGUUGUUGAAAACUAAGUCCGAGUGGACCCACCAGGAAGUUGCAUGACGUCUCUCUAGGUACAAUGGCGCCGUUGGAUCUGGAUAAAUAUGCGGAGAUCGCCAAACAGUGCAAAUAUCUUCCAGAAAAUGACCUCAAGAGGUUAUGUGACUAUGUGUGCGAUCUGCUGUUGGAGGAGUCCAAUGUUCAGCCUGUCUCUACUCCUGUAACAGUAUGUGGGGACAUACAUGGACAGUUCUAUGAUCUUUGUGAGCUCUUUCGGACUGGUGGCCAGGUUCCAGACACAAAUUACAUAUUUAUGGGCGACUUUGUUGACCGGGGGUAUUACAGUCUGGAGACAUUCACCUACCUGUUGGUGCUGAAAGCCAAGUGGCCUGACCGCAUCACACUCCUACGUGGAAACCAUGAAAGCAGACAGAUCACACAAGUUUAUGGAUUUUAUGACGAGUGCCAGACCAAGUAUGGAAAUGCCAAUGCGUGGCGGUAUUGCACUAAGGUGUUUGAUAUGUUAACAGUAGCAGCUCUCAUGGAUGAACAGAUCCUGUGUGUUCAUGGAGGCCUCUCUCCAGACAUUAAGACCUUAGACCAAAUUCGAACCAUUGAACGAAACCAGGAGAUUCCCCACAAAGGAGCGUUUUGUGAUCUGGUGUGGUCAGACCCUGAGGAUGUGGACACUUGGGCCAUCAGCCCCAGAGGAGCUGGCUGGCUGUUUGGGGCAAAGGUCACAAAUGAGUUUGUUCACAUCAACAACCUUAAGCUGAUAUGCCGUGCACAUCAACUGGUCCAUGAGGGCUACAAGUUCAUGUUUGACGAGAAACUGGUCACAGUGUGGUCGGCUCCCAACUACUGCUAUCGCUGUGGCAACAUCGCCUCCAUUAUGGUCUUCAAAGAUGCUAACACGAGAGAGCCAAAGCUCUUUAGAGCAGUGCCAGACUCUGAAAGAGUCAUUCCACCCCGAACAACAACCCCUUAUUUCCUGUAAGGAUCUUACAACAAAACGAAUGCAGCCAUUUGUUCAGUGCAAAGAAAUAGUGGCAUCUUGUGUACACAUCAGAAUUUCAUAUACCUUUUAGAGUAUUUGCAGUGCAUCUCUUGGUGCCAGUUGUUCUCCCUGUGCAUUCAAUGCCAUUAUUCUGCAGCUUAAAUUGCACUUUGCAUCAGAUCAGGUGACUCAGUAGCAUUGCUGUGUUAAUGAAAUUUGAGAGGAAGGAUUAAAAUGACUUGAUGUCAACUGACACCCAAGUUUAUAUUUAUAAGAACCCGACAAAAAUGAACUCUAAUGAGAAAAUUGCUGAUGCAUUGCAUUAUUAUUUUAUUAUGGUGUUGUAUUAAAGCAGAUUGUAUGACCUGCAUCUGUUUAGGUUACUGUGGAGUCAAAAACAUGGUAUUGUGUUACUCAUUAAUAAAGAUGUAAACCUAAAUAUUGUAAAAAAAUUAAAUAUUACAUAUGUUAUACAUUUACAUUGUCAUUAAGGCUAUUGCCUUUAAGAUUCAGAUUUUGAAUGAGCCCUUGUAAUUACUCCUAUUUUUCUGUCAUAAUACUGUUUUUAAAUAAAGACAUUAAAAAAUG